CUACUCUCAUACGCGCUAGCACAAAUCUUCUCCUCAGUCCUCGGCCGCAAGAUCACCUACGUGGACCUCACCGAGCCCGAGCUGGUCGAGCGCUGGGCCGGCGUCGGCCUGCCGGCCGCGUACGCAGCGGUCCUAGCGUCCAUGGACGCGGCGGUGCGGCGCGGGUCCGAGGAGCUCGCCAGCGACGCCGUGCGCGCCACCACCGGCCGCGACCCCCGCGCGUUUAGGGAUUUCGUCGAGGCGAACAAGGCGACCUGGGCGCAGAGCUAG